CUGCUACCAUUGACAGCAUUAUUUGUAAACAACCAGGAGCUACAAUGUUGUGUAGGCGCUCUAAUUGAUCAGGAUUGGUGUGACCGACUGAGAUGUGUAUCUGUGAAAACUUGUCUUGCAUAUGCAGUCAAAUGUGAUUGAUUUGGAUAUGCAGUGAGGAUUGCAUUGGAUAAGGAGGAAUAUAGAAUCAUCUUGGAUGUGCAACUGUAAUGACUUGCCUUGGAUAAACAGGUGUGUAAAAUUGGCUCAGACAAGCAGAUAUAUGAAAUUGGUUUGUAUACCCUUUGGAAUAAAAUUGACUUGAAUAUGCAGCUGUAUAAAAUGGCUCAGAUGUGCAGUGACUUGGAUAUGCAGCUGUUCUGAAUUAUCUUGGUUACGCAUCACCACAACUGGCUUGGAUAUGCAGAAGCGUCAUGGGUGAAUGGAGAAGACGGAGAGAUGAAUAGCACAAGUCGAACUUAAUGAGAACUUGCACCGUGGGCUUGUUACCUUUGCACCAACAAGUGAUCCUUCAUUGAGAUUGUAUCAUUGCCACAAAGGAGAAGUGUCUAAUGGCUACAUCGGGUGAUGUUUACCAACGUCACACUUCAUUUGUGCUAUAGCAACAGUGGGCUCAAAUAGAGUGGAUUUCUUCAACAUCUGACGACCGCUAUAGCCUCACUUUUGUAUGCCUGUCGCCUACACCUAGGAUUGGUUACUAUUCCGAAUUGUGGACAUCUGUAUUGUUUAUCAUUAAUACAUUGGACGUCUGACGGAUGAUUGUCCGCUUCUGUGAAGUUCUUGUGACAACAUCCUACUUCAGUAACUACUGAUGUCAAUUACCUUUGCGUGUGCUCCAGUUAGCGUCUGCUCUAGCUGACGUCUGCUACUUACCACCUCAGCAAAUUACAGCAGCCAGCUUCGACAGAUACAUUGAUUUACUGUUUGUUUAAUGGAUUUGGGGAUAAAGAGGACCUUAAUUACAUUGAAUUAGUCAACCUUGUUCCAAACUCAACAAACAGACUAGCACCUUCCUGGGAGCAUUUUAUACGGUUUGUGUCAAUGAAUAAUGACUAGAAUGCUUCUAUUUACAUGAGGAAAGUUUGAAUGUCAGCCUGUAUUGUUGGGUUUUCACCAACUCUUGUCUGAAUUCACUUAGAUUGGUUAUAUUUUUUCUGACAGGAACACCUAUUCAUCUACUCAAUGUAAUCCUCCUAUGGAACCUGUUGCUAGUCUCGACACAGCUAUAAAAAACACUGUGUAAUCUGACGUCUGCUGCUGUUUGAAUUCCGUCUGCUAUCCUGGAGAGGGUAGUUUGACUAAAGUUAUUUGAGGUGAACCUGAUAAAGUAAUAUCAGCUUCAGCUGUCAGCAGCAUUUCUUACACCAUGCAAGGAUGGGACGAGUUCAUGUACUCAAGUCAUGAUAGAGGAUCUGAUCGAUAUGCAAGCCAACUGUGACUAAAACUAAAGUCAACAGGACUUACAUGAGUUGACGGAGAUAUUGAAUGUUCGUCCUUCUAAGACUGACGUCUGCUGAGCUGACCCGAGCCUCUGAUAAAACCAUUACUAGUAAUCAAUAUACAUUGUUGGUCCAGUGAAGACAUUAUCAACAGCGACCUUAACUAUUAUUACUGGCAUGACCUGAACUGACAUCGACUAUAAAGUUGUCUGCUCCACAGCUAGUGUCGUCUGCUCCAAGUGUCGUCUGCUACAAGCAAUACCCCAGUCUGCCUCCAUAAGAAAAUGAAUGAAUACUGAAGAACUUGUACAGUGUGAGAAGCUUACGAUCAGGUUGUUGUUUAUCUACACGUGGUCUAUGCUCCCUGGCGUCUGGUCUGCCGCGUGGUCUGAAUGACACACAGUUUGAAAGUAUGCCAGUGUAAUACUUGAGACAUAGACUCACCUAAUGGACAGCUUGACCCUCAGGGGGGCAUCGUGGCAACAGUGUUUACCUGUCAAGAUCGCUUUCAUACCUCCCUCUGAUAUUCUCUGAGUUAGUCAAGGUGUGCCACUUGUAAAAAAGGAAAAAGCAUUUUUUGCCCGUUGUUCCAGUGAGUCAGUUGGAUUUACAUUCACUUCCCGAGAUGCUUCAGGUUCAAGUUAGCUUAUCUUGUGAGAGGUUACAACAGUUGUGAUAUACACUUCCUCGUAUUCUGGACCUUGGAUAUUUACCCAGUAUUUCUUACACAGUGGGAAAUUGACCAGCUGAGAGUAGUAACAAUCAGUUCAUUCUGACCGUGCUAUCAGUCAAAGGUCCACUGGAUAUCAUUUGUGGUGUUUAUGUUUCUGAACUUAGAGUAUCAACUUCAUGUAAGUGGACAUAACGAAGGAAUAGGUUACAAUAGCAAGGUUAGUAUUUGUUUCUGUAACGGUUGUGGAUUGUUGUGGUGAACUUCAAACUUGAGACUUUUUGUUCAGGGAAUAAUAUGCAGGUGGGAAUUGACAGAUGUUUUCAUUUCCAUUUUGUUGAAACCUUGCUUCCCUCAAUGUGAUUCCCAUGCCUUUUGUUGCCACUGUACGCUACAUUCACCAUCCACCUACCAGACUUCUUUUGUUUUGAGUAGGGGCUGAAUCGUUGAUAAAUAUUUUGCACAGGUGGUUUUCACAGGAUUAUGGGAUUAUAGAAGGGAUGUUGAGGAUGCAGUGGUAUAGAAUGUUGACAGGGAGAGCUGACAGUCACGCCAGUGUGGAACAUGUUUACAUUUUACUUUGUCAGAAUCCACCUCAGCGUGAAAAUUGUCCUAACAUUUGAACAAGGGUAUUGCCAGACUGCUCAUUUGUAAAUCUGUGUACAGUUGAACAAUAUGGGGAACAAAAUUGGAUCAUCUGGGGAAAAGGACCUCGACUCUCCGGAGCCGAGGGGACGGAGUUGGUCUUUCCACGGGAUUGUGUCACGAGCCCGAAAAGGCUCUAAGAGCCCACAUAGACAGAGAAGCUCUUCUCUCUCCGAUACGAGUAAGAGCAAAAAAGGUGGUGGAAAGACUACUGAAAUGUCACCAACUUCCCAACGGGAAAGUUUUAAACAGUCACGGAAUUCAGGUGAAAUACCUUCGUCCGCUAGAAGGGAACUUUUCAAACAGUCAAGGAAUUCUCGUGAAAUUGCCCAGUCAGCUCAGCGUGAACUAUUAAAACAGUUAGAACUUGCAGGUGACAAGAAUGCACCAGUAGGAUCGUUGAGAAAGGUAAGCCCUCUGCAGCAGCUUUCACAGGUAGCCGAGGCCGGAUCGCAUACCAAGCACUCGCUGGAGAGUGACAUGAAAACAGACGAUGCAGGUAUUGUGACAAGCGGGCAUAAUGAUAGGGGAGCUAAAGACCUCCCCCACACUACAGAUUCCGGGUACAGUACCGCGUGCAGGAAACUUGUCAGUCACGACUCUGGUGACAGUGGUGAUACGUCUGCUGCUCGGUUCAGGGAGAUCUCGCACUCCCUCUACAAUGAUAAGUUGCUUGAAUUGUGUAAACGGCGAGGCUUAGCUAGUAUGAACAGGGAUCUGUCUAUGUCUCAAAACAGCAUGCUGAUUACAAUGUCAAGUCCGAAUAUUAAGAAGGGCAAAUCACCUUCAGUUCACAGCCUAACUUCACAUAAGUCACAUUAUGUAAGCUCGGAUGCUUUGUCCGAGUUGGAGCGGUCAAUGGAUCAAGAUCAUGAUGAGUUUGAUGAAGAGUAUGAUAUACGGCCAAGGACCUACUCAGCAACAAUUCUGGAACUUAGCAGCAGAAAUAAAAGUCGUAUUGCCAUGGGUGCGACUAGUGCUAGGUUGCGUCAUUUUCAAAGAGAGGUUUCAUUUGAUGGUGCUAUCUCUACUAGUCCACGUAAAGAGGAGAUUGCACAGGCACAGAGAAUUCUUGUAGCCCGAGCGUUAAAAACUGCAAGUCCAGUCAAUGAAAAUUCUCCAAAUGACAAGAACAUGUCACGAGAAAAUGAGCACUCAGGAAUUCAUGAAAGAAGUCGAAUUUAUGGGAGCCCGACUUCAGGUUUGAACAUACCACAUAAUUUCCGACAUAAAGGUAAUUUAAGUCCACUUCCAGAAAUCCACGAAAAUGGAACCUUAAGUUCAAGUGUACCAGUUCAAUUUGGGUUUCCUGGAAACAGUGGUGCCCCAACUUCCUAUUCCUCAACGACGGAUGACAUGGACUUCAAUCGUGAACGGAGUAGCAGUCUUUCGGUGAUGUCUCCAAGAACACGCAGGAGUGUUCCAGCUAAGCUCAGUUCCUCCUCAAUGCAACAAUUGGAAGAAGAGGGUAUGCGUGCAAGGAGCCAUAGUAUAUCGUCUUUGAGGGGCGGGAUACAACCUCAGAUUAUUAGUGGUGCUUUGUUUUCACAAAUUACUUCCCCUGAACGAGCAUGGAAUUACAGUGUGUCUUCAUUGGCGGAAUUACCUGUAACUGUUCAUUAUGCAAGGAUGCCACUUCCUCAAGAUCUGGAUGCCAUCAAUACCAUGAAGAUGGAGUUACACGGGGUGGAAGUGUGCCCGGCAUGUCGGCUGCCGUUUGACACGGGCAAGAAGCGGAAACUUAUCGAUGCGUGUGGUCAUGAGCGCUGCUACACCUGCAUGUUCAACAGUGAAACCUGCCCUAUAUGUGCAGCCAAUGGAAUACCUCAACAGAACGGUGAUCGUAAUCACAACACUGUUCAGGACCCUGCAGCAUACUCCCCGUAUCGACCCAAGUUAAAAAACUAACGGACACUUUACCACUUUUAUGCAAACCCGUCAUGAUGGACAUGUUCCCAUGGUUACGGAUAAUACUACACAAACUACACCAAAGACUGGUGCCCCUCCAAUAAAACCGAAAAGUUCUCCUAAAAUGGCACAGCCUCCAGUGCCUGCCAAACCUAAUUAUGUUCAAGUAUUGCUUACAUCA